ACUCGUUUUCACACCCUUCUGCCUCUUUUUGCUUUCCCCGCUAAAUAAAAACCAAAACAAACCGUCAAAACACAUGUUAUGUCUGAAUAAUGGUUUGCUGCACUAUGAAUGCGUUAGAUAGCUUUAGAGAAAUAUGGAUAUGGAAUCUUCAAAAUGGUGGAUUGUUUAGACCUGGUGACCUCAGCCUCAGAGGUCAUCAAUACAGUUACCAUGGUAUCGAACGCAGACAACGAUGACAUCAUAACAAUAGAACCUACCUUGAAGGAUGACCUAAGUGACGAGAUGGUGGUGAACGCAGAGACAGGAUUGGCUGUAACCUCAAUGACCCCCAGUCUGGCCAACCCCACGAUACAGGGGCUGCUCUCCUCCCCAGCAGGCCUCUCGCUGCCCAGCGGGCAGAUACUGACCACUGAUGGGAUACAGAUCAUUGCGGUCAACGGGGCGGGGGACCUGUCCAGGGAGGGACAGAUCUGGCAGGUGCUCCACCCAGACAUGACCAUCAUUGCUGUCAACAACGACCAGACUUUUGAGAUCGAACCUAAGCAGGAGGAUAAAUUGGUUGACACAGAAAUGGAGGAAGCAGACAGUCGGAGUUCAGGGAUAGGAUCUCUGCAGGACAGGCUAACUCUAAACACGGAGAUCCUCCCGCCGGACACCCCAGUGUGGGCCCAGAGAUUGAACAAGUGCCAGAAAAUAGGUGACUACUAUAGAGGAUAUGUGGACUCAGAGGUUGACCUUGACCUUUUGUUGACCCAUCACAGGCAGCACACGGCUAGUUUCUGGGGCACACGACAGUCACCUUGCCCGGCCAAACCGUCCACACGACUGAUGUGGAGGUCACAGUACGUCCCGUUUGACGGAGUCCCAUUUAUGAAUCUAGGUAGUCGAGCUGUCGUCAUGGAGUGUCAGUUUGGUCCAAGACGUAAGGGAAAUGUGAAACACACGAGCGAAUACAAGCAGACCUGUCCGGCAAGGAUAUACAUAAAGAAGGUGAAGAAAUUCCCAGAAUUUGCUGUUGAUGUUAACCAGGAUAAAAAGUCACUAAAAACUGCCAUGGAUAAUGCCUUCCAUCAAUUAAAGGUUCUAGGGACCAAUGAAAUUGGAAAGGAGUUGUUCUACAUCCAGUUACCCACAGAGGACGCUCAUGAGUUUCAUGCGGAGCUGCCAGCAGAGCCAGCCCCGGUGGUGAACCCCGAACCAGACACCCUCAAAGAGAGGCUAGACCCAAGAGUCCGACAGAAGAUCCGCGAGUUAGUGGCAGCUGGGGAAUGUAAUGUGUAUGCUGUCCGCAAACAGUUACGAACCUACGUGUCCAAGGUACUGUACAUGGGCACCGAGGUCCCAGAGAGACACGACCUGACCCUGUUCCCCACGGUCAACGACCUAAAGAACCAGAUCCACCAAGCCAUGGUGGACGUAGAGAAUGGCACGCUGGCCGUAACUAGUCCCCAGGUGAAUGUGGAAAUUGUCGGCCAGUCGUCAUCCAGUCAGACAACAGAGUUUUCUUCGGUGGUGGACGGGUCAAUGUGGUCGUCCGACGGGGUGGAACCUGUCCCAGAGACAGUGACCGUCACCCUCACCCAGAAACCAGGAGAUGAUGGACAUCAUGUGAUAUCUCGGAUAGAGACUCACCUGAGUGACGGCUCGACUCGGAUCAGCACUCACCUGACCCCUGAGACUGCUCAACUUCUGUCAAGACUCCACCCCAACAUGUUCCCUGCCGGCUGUCUUCUACCAUCACAAGACUUGGACGAGGCACAGCGCUCGCUACUAGAACCCAAAACUGACGACUUUCCCCUAAAGGAGGACUCAUCAGACACCCUGUGCAUCGGUGCUAUCCCAUCAUCUUCUAGUCAGAGUCCCUCCAUGUUAGAUGGCGCAGAGACGCACGACAUCGAGUCGCUGGCGGUGAUUGUGAAUGGCACGGACUGCGACGGACGGACGAUGAUGUCGUCCAUGGAUCAUCAUGGAAGUCACUUAGACGAUACAUCGGACCCUCCGUCUGUCGUACAUCACGCAGAGGACGAGGACAAUUCCAUUGAAAAUCAGCUGAUUAACUGUGUUGGUGUUUCCAUGACGACAGACUCGGGAAUUAUUCUUAGCGAUCCUCCUGUGUCAGAGUUUCAGCAUUUACCGGAUUCAUAGUGCAAUAUUUUUGUAAUAGUUUUUUUCUUUACUUCGAAUUUCUUUUAAAUGUUAUUUUUGUUAUUGUUGUAAAGCUUUAUCUGUUUUAUUAUUUAUGAUUUACAUUUACCUACAGGGAAUAGCAGUUGUGUUAUUGUAAUAUAUCUCUCGCUUCAUUAUAAAUUCAUGAUCAUUGAAAAUUGGUUUAACAUGUACAUCUUCUUAAAACAUUACCAUCCAUUAACUGCCUAUUUUAAACAAAUCUCAACUACCGGUACUAGUCAAUUACAGAUUAAAGUAGUAUUGUAUGGGUACAUGUGUAUGAAUUGCUUUAAUGACUUUUAAUAUUUUUAAAAUUGUUGAGGUCUUAAUUAGCACAGGUCUGAAUCUUUUCAAAUCCAGUUUCUUACAAUUUUAAUAACUGUCACAUGCAAAUAUUAUUUUGUUAUUGUUCAUUCAGAGACAUUUAGCUAUAUUUGUCAAUGCAUUCACUUUAUAUAAUAACACUUUGAAUGUAUGUAUUGAGAAACAGGGUUUCUUUCAGCUGUUGGUAAAAGUUACACUUACUAUAAAGUUUUGAAGUUUACCAGACUGAGUAUAUAAUUAAAGAAGAUGAAAUCGGAUCAUUUGAAGUACUUUUUAAGCAAUCUGAUAAAAAUCAGGUCCUUGAAUCGCUCCUUGUUUUACUAUUGUCGCCGACUUUUGAAGAAAACAAAUUUAAUAAUCUGUCGGUGUUCAAGUUCAUGUGCUUUUAUUAAAAUGAAGCAAAGAGUUCUAAAACGAUAUGAAGGCAGUGCAAGGCACUAGUGUCCGAAAUCUAAUAAGUAUUUUAGAAUGCUAAAAGCCGAAUCCUUUUACUUUUGUAUAAAUGAACGUCCAAAUGAGAA